GACGAAAACGUCACCGUAUUGUAAGGGUCGACAGCUUCACAAUUUUGCUAUAAAACCAAAAAUCCCUUAAACCUAUCGUCACAAUUCACAAACACCAUUCCUUUUGUUUCAGAAAAAGAGAUUCAUUCAUACAUUCGUACCUAGCACACAACACAGUUUCAAGAUGCAAAUUUUCGUUAAGACCCUCACUGGCAAGACCAUCACUCUCGAAGUUGAGAGUUCAGAUACCAUAGACAAUGUUAAGGCCAAGAUUCAAGACAAGGAAGGGAUCCCACCUGAUCAGCAGCGUCUCAUUUUUGCUGGCAAACAACUGGAGGAUGGGCGUACCCUUGCGGAUUAUAACAUCCAAAAGGAGUCUACCCUUCAUUUGGUGCUCCGUCUCCGUGGUGGUAUGCAAAUAUUUGUGAAGACUCUCACAGGAAAGACAAUUACCCUUGAGGUGGAGAGCUCUGACACCAUUGACAAUGUCAAGGCCAAGAUACAAGACAAAGAGGGUAUCCCACCAGAUCAGCAGAGGCUCAUCUUUGCUGGAAAACAGCUUGAAGAUGGCAGAACCUUGGCUGAUUAUAACAUUCAGAAAGAGUCAACUCUCCAUCUUGUGUUGCGACUUCGUGGUGGUAUGCAGAUUUUUGUGAAGACCCUUACAGGAAAGACAAUUACUUUGGAGGUAGAGAGCUCGGACACAAUUGACAAUGUGAAGGCUAAGAUACAGGACAAAGAGGGUAUCCCCCCAGACCAGCAGAGGCUCAUUUUUGCUGGAAAGCAGCUCGAAGAUGGCAGAACUCUUGCUGAUUACAACAUCCAGAAAGAGUCAACUCUUCACCUUGUUUUGCGUCUUCGUGGUGGUAUGCAGAUUUUCGUGAAGACUCUUACUGGCAAAACAAUUACUUUGGAGGUAGAGAGCUCAGACACUAUUGACAAUGUGAAGGCUAAAAUUCAGGACAAGGAGGGCAUUCCCCCAGACCAGCAACGAUUGAUUUUUGCUGGAAAGCAGCUCGAAGAUGGCCGGACUCUUGCUGAUUACAACAUUCAGAAAGAGUCUACCCUUCACCUUGUCCUUCGUUUGAGGGGAGGUAUGCAGAUCUUUGUGAAGACAUUGACCGGAAAGACCAUUACCCUAGAGGUAGAAAGUUCAGACACAAUUGAUAACGUAAAGGCAAAAAUACAGGACAAGGAGGGAAUCCCACCAGAUCAGCAGAGGUUGAUCUUUGCUGGGAAGCAGUUAGAGGAUGGAAGGACCCUUGCUGACUACAACAUUCAGAAGGAGUCUACACUUCACCUUGUAUUGCGUCUUCGUGGUGGAAAUUAAGUAUUUGUGUCUUUCAAUGUGUGAGAUGGGAGUUCUUGUAGCUCUUUAGUUUUAAGUUUCAGAACUUGUUAUUGCAUGGGUCUUGGUAAUGGCCCUUAAAACUUGGUUUGUUUUGCUAUUUGUAUAGCUCUGUUCUCACAUUUAACUUCAUGAAUUUAAACUAUUUGCUAUUUUCUGAGUGAUUGAUCAAGUACUCACUAGUUCUUUAA